AUUUCUUCAGUUAUUGGUCUUUAUUUAUUAGCCGGUGCAUAUAAGGCUAUUAUUAUACUGAUAGAAUUAUUUAUCAUACUAUGGGUUUAUGGUAGAUUACGUUUUCAACGUGAUGUAAAAUUUAUGACUGGAAAAGAAUUUCAAACUUGGAUUAUAUGGACAAUGAGAAUUUUAACACCAAUUUUCGCAAUAGCAUCAUUUAUGAUGUAUUUAGUUCAAUCAUUCUUCUUUUCAAUUCUUAACGGUGUUGGAGUCACAGUAACAUUUCUUAUGAUAAAAAUAAUACCAAUACUUUGUAUACCAGUUUACGUAAUAUGUAAAAUAUAUAAAUCUAGUGGAAGUAUUUUAAAUAGAAUCAGAUUUCUUUGCCGUCCAAAUGAUUGGUAUCCAGCUGAUCCAGUUGAGCAUCAAAAUUAUGAAACUUAUUUAGGAAAUUCCGAUAUGUCAAAUGAACUAGUUCAUGAUGAUGGAAAUACUUAUUUUUAAUUUGUAAAUAUUUUACAUGGAAUAUUAUAGUUAAGUAAAGAUUUU